AUGGCAAAGACCUCUGCCGUGCAAAGGCGCACGGCAAAGAUCUUUGCCGUGCAAAAGCACACGGCAAUGCCUCCCUGCGCACGGCAAAGACGCUUUGCCGCACGGCAAAGCAGGCUCGCACAGCAAAGGCCCUGGAUAAGGGUUCGGGCGCCCGCGCGCGACUCCCCCUCCACACAAAACACACACGCACGCGCCCCUCUCCUACCCAGCUCGCCGCCGCCGCCAGCUGACACGCCGCCCACGCCCGCCCGCCGCCGCCUCGACCUCCCUCGCCGCUGCCGGUCCCCCGCCGCCGCCGGUCCCCUCGCCGCGGCAGCUGCUGCUCCCCCGCCGCGACCUCCCCCGCCGCCGCCAGCGACACGCCGCCUAAGCCCGCCCGCCGCCGCCUCGACUCUCCCCCGCCGCUGCCGGUCCCCCGCCGCCGCCGGUCCCCAGCCGCGGCAGCUGCUGCUCCCCGCCGCGACCUCCCCGCCGCCGCUGCUUCCCCGCUGCGGCAGCAGCUGCUCCCUCGCCAUCGCCCUCCCCGGUCGUUGUUGCUCGCCUGCUGCUGCCGCUCCCCGGCCAGCGGCCGCUGCUGCUCCCUCGUCCGGCCCUCCUCGUCGCUGCCGCUCCCCGCCGCUGUUUCUCCGCCGCUGCUGUCGCUCCCCGGCCGUGGCCGCUGCUGCUCCCGUGCUGCUGCCGCUCACCCGCACCUGCCGGCCCCUAACCCGCACCUGCCGCUGCUGCUCACCCGCCGGCGGCCAGCCGUCGGCGGAUGCGUAG